GGAGUCGUACACAGGUAGAGCAGAGCGCGUGUGGAAGGUUGCUUCAUCUGUUGACGCGCAGGCAUGGAGACCAACGGCACGGCCGACAUCUUGUCCUCGGCGUACCUGGCUGUAGAGCUUGUGGACUCGCUGCUGCCUCAAAACCCGCUGCAGGAGCCUGUGAAACAGGCGUGGAACCACAUGCUGCAGAACUACAGCAAGUUCCAGAUCGCCACAUGGGGCUCGCUCAUCGUGCAUGAACUGGUCUACUUCCUGUUCUGUCUACCGGGCUUCGUGUUUCAGUUCAUUCCGUUCAUGCAGAGGUACAAGAUUCAGAAGGAUAAACCAGAGACGUGGGAGAAACAGUGGCGGUGCGUCAAGAUGCUGCUGUUCAAUCACUUCUGCAUCCAGCUGCCUCUCAUCUGCGGCACGUACUACUUCACGGAGUACUUUAACAUCCCGUACGACUGGGAAUCCAUGCCCCGCUGGCCGUAUCUGUUAGCUCAGUGUUUCGGCUGUUCGGUGAUCGAGGACACGUGGCACUAUUUCCUGCACCGAGCGCUCCAUCACCGCCGAAUCUACAAAUACAUCCACAAAGUUCACCAUGAUUUCACAGCUCCGUUUGGGAUGCAGGCAGAAUAUGCUCACCCGUUGGAGACACUGAUCCUGGGCGCCGGCUUCUUCAUCGGCAUCAUGGUGUUCUGUAAUCACGUGGCACUCUUAUGGGCGUGGGUCACCAUCCGUCUGCUGGAGACCAUCGAUGUGCACAGUGGAUACGAUAUCCCUCUGAACCCGCUGCACUUGAUCCCCUUCUACGCCGGCACACGCUUCCACGACUUUCACCACAUGAACUUCGUGGGUAAUUACGGCUCCACCUUCACCUGGUGGGACAGACUGUUUAACACCGACGACCAGUACAACAGCUACAUGCAGAAACAGAGCCUGAAGAAAAACAAGUAACACACACACACACACACUUCGCACUAAUGUGUUUCACACUGGACUGAACAGAUGUCAGCGCAUCCACACCAGCAACUUACACCCAUUUCACCGUAGUGUGCCUUUAAAUUACAGAGGGAAAACCCCUGUUCAUACUUGACUUAAAAACAAAUUCUUUCACAGACAAUCGUGCACAUAUCUUGUAAUUCGUGCAUUGAUAUUUCUAUUUUGGUUUGAAGACAAGCGUUAGAUGUUAGUCUGUCUGUAACGAAGGAAAAACACACGCACACACCCACACACACAUUAAAUGGUAUGUGUUCUGUGUUUAUACCUCUCAUGUACAAAAUAGCUUGCUGUUUAUUCAGUGAUGCAAACAUUUGCCACUGGAAAAUAACGAUGACAUCAUCCCUGAAAGCACUUUGGAUCAAAAGUUUUGUUUUUUCCUGAUGAUUUUUUUUGUUGUUGUUAUUGUGAAGGUCUUUUCUGAGUUUGCUGUGAGAACAGAGGAUCGUUUAAAAAAAUUAUAUGAUCCAUAUAGUAUUACACACUAUAAUUAUAUUAUAUACUAUUUCGAUCUAUAUCUAAGACGGUAGCCUAUAUUAAUUAUCAUGUGCCUUAACGAAAGACCAAAUAAACUGUAAAGAAACCUUG